AAAGCUCGGCAUGUAACUUGGUUUAAAGAGUUUGAUUACUCUACUGUCGUAGUCGGUUCGGAAAAAGCUUUUAAGACAUUGCCUUGGUACCGCUAUCGCCAGUCAUUUUUUGAAAGUGUAAUUCUGCAGAAACUCAUGUCAAGCUUGUUACAUUCUCGUACGUCUUGGACCCCGAUAUAUCGUGCUGUGUUGGCAGCAAAGUAUAGGAAGGCUGACUCAAGAGUUGUGUCGACUGGUCGCAUCGGCUGGAUAUCUUCUUCUCAAGACUCGAGUAAAAAAAAGCUAAGUAAACAACUGAAAGACGAUGCUGAGGCUGUUAUUAUCGGCGGGGGAGUCCUGGGCACGAGUAUUGCUUAUCACUUGGCCAAAGCUGGAAUGAAAGAUGUGAUCUUAUUAGAAAAGUCAGAACUCACAGCUGGCUCAACUUGGCACUCGGUCGGUGUUACGUCUCACUAUAAUCCAGUGGUGAACAUGAAGCCUCUAACUCAUUACAGCAUGUCCUUGUACAAACAGCUUGGACAGGAAACUGGACAGGACGUCGGGUUUCACAUGUGCGGCAGCAUUAGAAUUUGUACAACGCCCGAGAGACUAGAAGAGGCAAAGUAUCAGAUGCAAAGGCACGGUUGGAUGAAGGCACCACAAAGAUUAAUUACGACAGAGGAAGUAGCCCGAUUGCAUCCUCUUCUGUAUGUAGAUGACGUCCUGGGAGCUUUGUACUUCCCUGAGGAUGGCUACAUUGAUCCAUAUUCCUUGACACAAGCCCUCGCGAAAGGGGCGCGGAUGUACGGGGCCGAGAUAUACAUGCCAGCUCCAGUUACUGGGCUAAACUUCAGAUCUGAUGGACGAUGGGAUGUGAAAACACCACACGGCACAAUUAGAGCUAAACAUGUUGUUAAUGCAGCUGGUUUUUGGGGCAGAGAGAUUGGUCGCAUGGUAGGAACUGAACUUUCUUUGGGUGUGGUUCAUCACCAGUUUCUUGUGACGGGGCCUAUCCCUGAAGUGGCAAGUUUAAAGAAGGAGCUUCCUUUUAUGAGGGACCUGGAGGGUUCAACCUACACUCGUCAGGAAAAGCAAGGCAUUUUGUUUGGUCCUUAUGAAAGCGCAGACAAAAUGAAAAUGGAAGAAGGAUGGUGGGACUGUGUCCCUGAGGGAUUUGGAAAGGAGUUAUUUGAAAGUGAUGUAGACAACAUCAGUGAUUACAUAACCAACUCAAUGAAGAGAACACCAGUGCUUGCCAAUGCUGAAAUAACAAGUACUGUUUCAGGACCUAUAACUUACGCGCCAGACGCUAUUCCCUUACUUGGUCCCGAUGCAAAGGUACCUAACAUGUGGCUAGCUCUCGGGACAGGUUACGGGAUCGGUCUCGCAGGUGGGAUCGGUAAAUAUCUCUCUGAUUGGAUGAUCGAUGGAGAACCGCCGUUCGACCUUAUUGAAUGUGAGCCUGGUCGCUAUGGAAACUGGGCCUCCAGGGAAUACGUAUUAGCAAAGUGUCGAGAGACGUACGGUUUGAAUAAUCAGAUAAUGCAUCCUAAGUUAGAGAGGUGGGCUGGGCGCCCUGUGAGGACUAAUGGGAUAUAUAAGAGACUUUGCGAGCGAGGAGCGCAGAUGGGACAACGUGCUGGCUGGGAGCAACCAAACUGGUUUGCGCACUCGGGGGAUGAGCCUGGGUUCAAGCCCAGUUUUCGAAGAACAAACUGGUUUGAGCCGGUUGGACGGGAAUGUGACUUGGUGCUGAGUAAAGUCGGUAUCAUAGACCUAACUCCUUAUGGGAAAUUUGAGGUCAAAGGAAGAGAUGCAGCUGACUUCUUGGAUAGGGUUUUUGCUAAUGAAUUGCCUAAAGUGGGGUGCUCAAACAUAAACCACAUGCUGACACCAAAAGGUAAAGUUUACGCGGAAAUGACCGUCACCUGCUUGGCGUCGGAUCGUUAUCUUUUGGUCACGAGAAGCAAUACAGAGUUUCAUGAUCUCAGAUGGUUGUUGGCAAAUCAACGCAAAAAUAAUUAUGAUAUCGUCAUCACGAAUAUCACUGAUGACGUGGCCUGCCUGGGCAUCGCAGGGCCUCGUUCACGCGACGUUCUAUCAAAGAUGACAUCAUCAAACCUAAGCGAUGAAAGAUUUCCAUACUUGGCAUAUCACAACUUAGAGCUUGAAGGAAUCCCCGUGCAGGCUAAUCGAUUUUCUUUAACAGGUGAGUUGGGAUGGGAGUUAUUUCAUAUGAAGGAACACACAGCAGAUUUGUAUGAGGCUCUGUUAGCAGCUGGUGAGGAUCACGGCAUUGGAGACUUUGGCACGUACGCCUUAAAUUCCCUCAGACUGGAGAAAGGGUUCCGCCUAUGGGGCUUUGAGAUGAAUACUUCAACUACCGCCGUUGAAGCAGAUUUAAUGUCGUUUGUAAAGUUAGACAAGGGUGUUGAAUUCAUUGGACGAGAAGCUCUCCUUAAAUUGAAAAGAGAUGACUGUGAGCGUGUCCUAUGUUUCAUGACGGUGGAUACAACAGAUGUGGACCCCGAGGGAAACGAAACUGUUUGGAAUGGCAAAAAAGUUGUAGGAUUUACCUCAAGUGGUUCCUACAGCUAUCAGCUUAACAAGAGUAUAUGUUUCGCCUAUCUACCUCCUCCUUUAACUGAUCUGGGCUCUCGAGUAGAAGUGGAAAUGUUGGGAAGCAGAUAUCCUGGAGUUGUUGUGAAAUACCCAUUGUUUGAUGCAGAACCGUUCGCGUGAAAGAGACGUACGGAGAAAAAAAGAUACAUCCGGUCCCUUACAUUCUAGGAAACAAAGGCAGUCGAGUUGGAUCUCAUUACAGCACGUAAUAGGUUCUGCCUUCUCUCGAAAGUGACGAUGAGGCAUUGCUACUCGACGAAACUAGUAAUUGGCUGCUUAGGUCUGUGGAAAAUGAAGAUUAAUUAAAGAAUGAAUUCAUGAAUUGAUGAAUACCGACGCAUUCAACCGCAAAAGCUGACGCCUUUUAUUCGAACCCCUUCAGAUGUUGCAUGUGCUGUAUUUUCCCCCGGAGUAUUUAUUUUCCAAUCUGACUUACCAUGCGCUUGACAAUGUCCUUGCCUACAACUGACCAACUCAGGAUGUUAAAAAUUAAUGAAAAAAUUGCAAAUGAAGUAAAAUAAAUGAUUGCUUUAAGAGAAAAA